AUGGAAGACCUGAAGGACCAGGUUAUUCUCUUCUGGUUCAACCUAGCUGCUGCCUCUAUUGGCGAUGAACACUGUGGGAAUCUUUCUUCUGCCAACAAUAUCACUGGCCCUCAAUGCAAUGCCUUAGAGGACCUAAUUGGGACAUGUUGGCCAAGCAGCCUUGCAGGACAGUUGGUGGCGCGCCCCUGCCCUGAGUAUUUCUUUGGAGUGCGAUACAAUACCACAAACAAUGUGUACAGAGAAUGUUUGGCAAAUGGGAGCUGGGCAACCCGUGUGAAUUAUUCCCAGUGCCAAGAGAUCCUCAAUGAGGAGAAGAGGAGCAAACUGCAUUAUCACAUUGCUGUUGUAAUCAACUACCUCGGGCACUGCAUUUCUUUGGGGGCCUUGCUGGCAGCUUUUGUCCUCUUCAUGCGACUGCGGAGCAUCCGGUGCUUACGAAAUAUUAUCCACUGGAACUUGAUUACUGCCUUCAUCUUGCGGAAUGCCACAUGGUUUGUGGUACAACUCACCAUGAAUCCAGAAGUGCAUGAAAGCAAUGUGCCAUGGUGCCGUCUUGUCAUAGCUGCCUACAACUAUUUCCAUGUCACUAACUUCUUCUGGAUGUUUGGCGAGGGAUGCUAUCUGCAUACUGCUAUUGUUCUCACCUAUUCAACAGACAAGCUGCGGAAGUGGAUGUUCAUCUUUCUUGGAUGGUGCAUCCCUUUCCCCAUCAUUGUUGCCUGGGCCAUUGGAAAACUCUACUAUCACAAUGAGAAGUGCUGGUUUGGAAAGCGUGCAGGAAUUUACACUGAUUACAUCUAUCAAGGUCCAAUGAUACUGGUGCUGUUGAUCAAUUUCAUUUUUUUAUUCAAUAUUGUCAGAAUCCUGAUGACCAAGCUUCGGGCCUCGACCACCUCAGAGACCAUACAGUACAGAAAAGCGGUGAAGGCCACCCUGGUGCUCCUUCCGUUACUAGGAAUAACCUACAUGCUUUUCUUUGUUAACCCUGGGGAAGAUGAAAUAUCCAGGAUAGUCUUCAUUUACUUCAACUCCCUUUUGGAGUCCUUCCAGGGUUUUUUUGUCUCAGUUUUCUACUGCUUCCUGAACAGCGAGGUCCGUUCUGCAGUACGGAAGAGGUGGCACCGAUGGCAGGACAAACACUCCAUCCGUGCCCGAGUGGCAAGGGCCAUGUCCAUCCCUACAUCCCCAACCCGUGUCAGCUUCCACAGCAUCAAGCAGUCAACUGCUCUCUGAGACUCAUGCUUUAGGGAGAAGACUUUUACCGUCUUUCCUAAGUUACAGCUUAGGAAAGGCCAGGAGAUUUUGUCUGCAUUUUGCAGACAUUUUAUGGGAGAAACUGUUUGCAUUGGAGGGGAAUGUUUGUGAGAUCGGAACUGCAAGUCUUGGCAAACAAAGUGCUUCUGAAACAAUGGGAACUCCAAGGCUUAUGACUACGUUCCAUCCAAAAAAAAGGCUACGGCCUAUUUCACUUUCUAAUACACCUGGAGAUUUUUGUUCUGUUUGCUUACUGAUUUGGAAGAUGAUUAUCUAUCGCAAGUGCUGUGGAAGGACAAUCUAGCAGAUUAUCCCCAGUUGGAGUUGGUGAGCAAUAAGCAAAACCAAAUGCAGCAAGAUUAAUCUUGGAUACUGUCACACAUGCUGCACACAAAAGGCGUUUUUUAAAAGGACUUAUGAGUUCAUGAAGAUAGCUUACGCCCAAUACAAGCCAAAGGCAUAAAUCUCACAUUCAGGACCAUUAACUUACCUGAUUCUGUGGAUUAAACAGAGCUGGCAGACACUGCCAUCAUGUAAACUCUCUUAGUAAACAUCCUUAGACAUUUCUUCGACUACUAUAUGAAGAUUAAAGUGAUGAGCAAGAGACACUAGACCUGUUCCCAUGUUCUUCCUCAUCCAAAUCUGCUGCAGGUGAUGCCAAAGAUCUGAAACCUGGUGAACUUUCAUUCAAGAAGAUGACUAACCUACUUGUUCCAUGAUCCAGAUAAUAGUGACCCGAUUUUCACCAUAGAAAGCCUAUCUGAGCCCCCAAAUGGAGUGGGACAAUAAUGCAUUCCUUUUGGUAUCUCUUAAUAAAGAAUAGCACCAUCCUCUA